AUGAUGGUCAGAGAGAUUCAAGAACCGUUUAACCUAAGCCUUCUGGAGAAUUCUAUUCACUCAGGAUCUGUUUCGUUUGGACGAUUUGAGAAGGAAGCUUUAUCAUGGGAGACGAGAUCAUCUUUUUCUCACAAUAGAUAUUUAGAAGAGGCUGAGAAAUUCUCUAAACCAGGCUCUGUUACUCAGAUGAGAGCUCAUUUUGAGGCUCAUUUCAAGAAGAAAGGGAUCCGAUUUCCGACUUCUGUAGAAGCUCAAACAUUGGGAGAAGCUGUUCAUCAUCAUCAAACCGGUACUGAGAAAGAUGAGAAGUUGUGGGAUAGCAUGAGUCAGUGUAGCCACCACAGCUAUGAACAAGACAAAUGUGAUCAAGAAAGGAGUCAAUUCGGCGAUUCUUGCGUGAGUUAUGAUGAUGAGCAUAGUUCUCUUUCUGUUGCUAUGGAGAAAUCUGAGAUUGGUUGCAGUGAGAUAACUCUAGAGGAUGAAAAAGAAACGAAAGUUUCCUCUGUAACUAGAUCGAAGCCUUUGAAAAAUGUUCGGAAAGCGAUUACUUAUGCUGCAGGGUCUACAAAGAAGCAUGCUGUGAUAACAAAGGGAUCUCCAAGUUGUAAUUAUACUAAGACCAGUACUAUUGACACUAAGAGGCAAAAGGAAUUGAAGCCGAAGAGGAUUGUUAAAACCAUUGCAUCUCAAGCACAAAUAUCAAAGAAAACUGAGAGAGUAUCUCCUCUAUCUACAACAAACAAGUACAGGUCCAAGAGUUGUAUUGAUUCUGCUACGAGAGAGAAGAGAACACCUACUAAUGGUUUCAGUUUCAGAACUAAUGAACGAGCAGAGAAGAGGAAAGAGGAUGUAGUGCGUAAAGCUCUCGACUAUAAAGCAAGACCAAUGCCUAAAAGUACACAAGCUAGACCUCAAAACACGUUGAAAGGUCAAGCAAAUGCAAGAGAUGAUGCUCAAGAACACUCAUGUAAAGCUAGUUGUGAUAGGUCAUUGGCAAAUGGACCGGCUAAGAGUAAACUCAAUGCUUACAAACAGAGAUUGGAUCUAAAGAAGAGUCUUAAUGGCAUUCUGACGAAGAGCAGCGACCAGACCGCGAGAAACAACGUGAACCGAAAGAGUAUGGUGGUUAGGCUUUCUGCGGUUGAGGUUGCUUUGUGA